AUGGCCGAGAUUCUAGGCGUAGCAGCCAGUGGGAUUGCCGUGGCGACCGUCGCUUGCCAGAUCGGCUCCAUCGUGUUCGAACUCAGGCAGCUCUGGGACCAAGUUCAAAAUGUUCCUGAAGAGAUCAAUGGUUAUUUGAGGCAUAUCGAAUGCUUGGAGCCUCUCCUUUCCGAGUCGAAUACAAGAUUCUACUGGGAUAGCCUGCCGCACAAUGUCCGGAACAACCCUGUCAUGGUGCGGACCACCCAGUAUUGUCGGGAAUCUCUCGAAGAUAUGAAGGAAGUGGUAUAUCAACUGGAUACAGAACUCAAAUCAAGCAGGCGAAAGAAACGAAUCACGACCUUGAAGGUCAUUCUCAAGCGGAAUGUACUAACAAGACUGGAAAAGCGACUGGAGAAUGCAGUCAGAUUGCUUGGCCUUGCUCAGAAUAACUACCUAUUCGCUAUUACCAUGAUGCAGCCAGAAGUUAUUAUUCAGAAGUUUCAAGCUCUUAAGCUCGGCUAUGAAGUUGAGAGUCCAGAAGUAGACAGACAACAUAUGGACCAAGAAGCCGGAAGUCGAGAUGUGGUCAGCCCUCAAUUGUGGAGAGACGAGGUGAAGGAGGAUCAUCCCAGCCAAACCGGCAAACUAUCCGUGGCUUUUGAUACAUCUGGUUUCAAAGCAGCGCUGCAAAUGCCACUGUGGUUAUCUCGGAGAGCAUGGGAGAUGCAAAGCUUCAAAGCACUCGGUCACUGGCAAUUCAGUCUACGAUCUUACUCGAUUCGACCAGACACAGCUGCUGUGUUUGCAACUGCCGAGACUGGCACGCCGUUGCAACUUGAACUCAUGUUCAGAGAAGGUUCGGGGUCUCCUCAUGAUUGCGAUGUUCACGGAAGAUCUCUCUUAUACUAUGCUACGCGUGGUGCGUGUAUUGCGAAUAUCGGAUACAUAAGAACUUUCGGCGUGGCCUUCUCCGGCACUGAGCAUUUCUCAAGAACUCGGGAAGGAGGCUACCGCGACUGGAGUCUAGGGAACAGCAUCAAGUUCUUCAAGACGCUCCCUACACAGCGAGAGGAUAUCGCCACCGAUAUUGCUGAAGCCAACGUCGUGGCCGGGAAUAUCCGCAUGGCACGACAGCUGUUUGAGAAUUUGACGUCGCCAAUCUGCACGUGCACCAGCUGCUAUGUAAGCGUGCCGCUUUUCACAGUCUCGCAGCAGUUCGAGUGUCCUCGCCACAGCACCUGCUCGCUAGAGUCACGAAUCGUACGCGCCUUUCACAUUGCAUAUAAUUGGGGCAUACCUGAUGUCUGUGUUUCGGUCCUUGAACCAGAAUGGUCCGUCGACAUCCCGGCCGUCUGUCGACUGUCAUCAUCCAUCUUCCCCCUGAUUUGUGUAGUGGCCUACAGGCUCGGGACCGCGUAUUCCAGUCGGCAUGAGAAGCAGUACUAUGAUUCUUUGGUAUCGUGGUACACCAUUGCCGAGAUCAUCAUUAGACAUACUCCAGAUAUUCAUGUCAUGUGCCCGCGGCUCGAGGUCUCUUGCAAAUUCGAAGAAAACUUUACUAUCGAGCCCAUGUCGGCCUUGCUUACAAUCGUGCAUUCUUGCACGCAAAUUCAAUAUGCAUCGACAAGCGCAUUCUAUCUUGAAGCGCAUGGGCGAUUGUCGGCCUGGAUCCGUGCUUGUUUGCAUGCAGGUGUCGAUCUAGUCAAGUAUGGACAGCGCGAAAAUGAGAGUCUUGCGAGAAUGGGAGAAAGAUGCAGUAUGGGUGUCGUUGUCAAAGGGGGUGGUACCAACUCUGUGACGCAAAAGACUCGAUUUGUCUUGAAAAACUUCAAGUAUGGACCGAAACUUGAGGAUUGGGAUAUUACAUGGUUAGAGAUGGUCGCUUCUCGAUCUGACCCCGAUGAGAGUGCCUCAUGGCCGAUACCUGGGUCGUGGGUGGAUGAUGGCGUUUAG